UCUGCAGUAGUUUGUCGUCUCAGCGCAAUGCAGAUUUUCAAUAUCUAUCUUCCUCUGUGGUAGAAAUCACUUCCUCGGUUGUCUGAGCGCAGCUUUGAUUCGUCUGCUUGCGCAUCCUGUAGCAACCGGUACGCUUGCGUUGCCUGUUUAGCGAGAAAGCUAACUCUGCCAACGUGUUUUGAAUGGAGGGCUAUUGAAGCUAGCUAGCUUCACCAAAACGCUUUAAGUUAACUUCAGUGGCUACUUCCGUUUUUAACUUGUGUAACUCCUACCACAAAGUUAUUCACUUGCGGGUAAAGCGGGUGCUCCCCCUCGGAGAAUGAGACAUGGACGGUCAGAAAAUAACCACAGUGGUCCUGCUGGCCUGCGGGUCCUUCAACCCCGUGACUAACAUGCACCUGAGGAUGUUUGAAUUGGCUCGAGACCAUCUGGAGGACACAGGCCUGUACAGGGUGGUGAAAGGCAUCAUCUCUCCGGUGGGCGAUGCUUAUAAGAAGAAGGGUUUGAUCGAGGCCUGCCAUCGUCUGGAGAUGGCCCGAUUGUCCACAGAGAACUCUGACUGGAUCACAGUUGAUUCGUGGGAAAGCUUGCAGCCGGAGUGGGUGGAGACAGCCAAAGUCGUUCGGCAUCACUACGACCAACUGCAGGCAGCAGAGCAGACCAACGAUGACGUGGACACGGUCAAGUAUGCAAAGAAGAGACGUAUAGAGAAAAACAGUUUUGAGGAGUCAUCGAAUCGCACAAGGAGAGACGGCCCUCAGCUGAUGUUGCUGUGUGGGGCUGAUGUCCUCGAGUCCUUUGGAGUACCAAACCUGUGGAAGCAGGACGAUAUUGCGGCGAUCGUGGGCCGCUACGGUUUGGUUUGCAUCACCCGCAGUGGAAGUGACCCCUACAAAUUCAUUCAUGAAUCCGACACGCUGUGGAAGUAUCGCAAGAACAUCCACGUGGUCCGCGAAUGGGUGUCCAACAACAUCUCCGCCACGCACGUACGCCAGUCGCUUCGGCGCGGUCGGAGCGUCAGGUACCUGCUGCCAGACGCCGUGGUUCGCUACAUACGAGAGCAGGAGCUCUACACCGCCGAGAGCGAGCAGAAAAACGCAGACGUGAUUCUAGCCCCACUUCAGAGAUACUCGGGUGCCUCCUCAAGCUGAUGCAAAAACAGAGAUGUUUGUUUCACAGUGAGAGCUUCCACCAGUGCCUUCUGCAAACAACAGUUGUUUCUAGACAUGGGGGGGGGGGGGGGGGGUAAGGAGAUAAAUCUACCACCUUUCUGAGCAAAGUGAACUGCCUGGGAAGUCAUCUAAAUGUCAUUGCUACUGGAUAAAUGAUCUGGUGUCUUUUGCUAAAUAAAAUAACUCAUGGAAUACUUUACCACUGUUUACAGAUUUUUACAAUACAAUAAUUGAUUGACCAAUGAAACAUUACCCAAAAGACUAGCAGAACGGAUGAAAAUGUUGAUUUAUUCAAAAAUUGACAAAUAUAGUACAUAAAGGCAGCAUAGUGCAGAAAAAAAGCAUGAAUUGCUAUUUUUUUUAAAUGCCAAUGCACAUCUUCGAUAACUGGCUUCUCCUCACUGUUUUCUUUUUAUGGUGCGAGAUUCAAGCCAUCAGGUUGGACUGUUUAUUGCUAAAUGGUCCGUGAGUGGGGCAUUUUGAAUGGCAGUGUUUUGAAAAGGAUAGCAGGUGACUUCACGUCUGAUUCCUGUGUCUUAUGUAGAGAACUGUGUGCAAAUGUGCCAUGUUGAAUGAAAGUAAUUGUGUCACAUCACUGUGUUGGAUUGAAAAAAAAAUCCUGGAGUCCUGAAAACGAAGGUGGGAUUAGCCAUUUCUGGAACUAAAAUAAACAACACCUCAUCCCACAUCGGGAGCUUUUUAUUGCUGUUCUGAGAAACUACUACUAUGCUCAGUAAAGGAAGUGCUACCUUUUAAAAUGCUGUUUGUCUGCUGGGCGUUACUUAUCUUUCAGCUAAUCAACACUGAUGGAGUAUGAUAAAAAUAAAGACAUUAACUGACA